CACUUCACAACGAUGAGAGAAAGAGAGAAAGAGAGAGAGAGAGAUAGACGUCUCUCCUCAAAAUUACCAAACCCAAUAAUUGAAAAGAUCACACUUACCCGAAAAUAAAACCUUUUUAAAAAUCCUCUCUUUUUGCCAAAAUCCUAAUCAGAGUAAUCAAUCGACAAAUCGAAGGACAUGGAUCUAGAAGAUUGGGAAUUACUCCCCAAAAACAACUACAAGGGUCUCGAUCUCGACCUCGAUCACGACGAGGAUCAUGAGGCAGCGAUGAAGAUGACCAGAAACGCCGGGAAAAGCUUCGACAUGGAUUACUUCAUCUGCCCAACACAAGAUUCUGUCGAAAAAACAGAGUUUCGUCAAAGAUCAAGCCUGGUCCCCCCACAGCUCCUCCAAGUUCCCAUAACUUGGGAACCCGUAUCCACCUUGGACGACACAGAUCACAAGAGGAACCCGGAUCCGGAUUUCCCGGAUCCUGACCCGGAACUUUUAACGGACUCUGUUCCGUCUCCGAGAAUAACCUUCAAAACAACGAAGGAAAACGAAUUUGCCGACAUGAAAAUAGAGCUACCACUAUCAGCGAGGUUCACAAGUCCUCUGCCUCGGAACGAUGAGAAACACUCUGACUCAGAAGGAGGGUUAGGAGGAGAUUACUUCGAUGAAAUCAUGGGAUCGAAGGUUGAAGAAGGUGGUGACUUGAGAAGCAAGAAAGGGGUUGAUUGGGAUGAAGAUGAGAACAUAUGUGGUGGAAAAAUGAAUCUGUGGAAGAUGGGUCUUAAUGGAAUUGGAGCUAUAUGUUCAUUUGGUGUUGCAGCUGCUGCUGCCACCAUCUGUGUCUUCUUCCUUGGACACAACAAUAACAUCCAAGGUUGUCGGAACAAGAACCAGAUCCUCAGGUUCCAGAUUUACUCUGAUGAUAAUAAGCGAAUGAAUGAAGUUGUGAAGCAUGCAACAAAGCUAAAUGAAGCAAUAUCUGUGAUGAAAGGUCUUCCGGUGGCAAGGGCUCAGAUAUCUUUUGGAGGAUACUACGAUGGACUUUAACUUCAUUCAUAGCCAUGAGAGCCAUCAUUGUACUGAUUACCAACGGGCUCUAUAUAUAUACGAAUAUAGGAAAGUCAAUAAACGAUGUUUGUAAAGUUUCUUAUAUUAAUAUUAUUUUAUAUUAUUUUUUAAAAAAAACU